UCGGCGACCAGGAAUUAUGGAGUUCCCGCGAAAAAGAGGCUUGCAGUUUCCAUCUCUCUCUCUCUCUCUCUCUCUCUUCGACUUGAGUCUUUUGGCUUUCUUUAGUGCUCGUCUUCUCCAAACUAACAAUAUUCUGCACUCAUUUUCCCUUCUGGUAAUAGAAAACUCCGUCUUAACUUGUCCCAGCCGUCAUCAAGGCGCCACCACAACAACAAAUCUUCCUUUUUCUGUUCUCUCCCAGUCAUAAAAAUUUGAUUUUGAUAUUAAAGUUGGGAGCAGUUGGGCUUAUGAUUUCACCAACGGCGAUCCCAUUUCCUUAAUUUUCUAAUGUCAUGCCGGAAUGUGACAAACGAACGAGAGUUUAGAACUGAAGUCUUUUACAGGGGAAAGAAAUGGUAGCUUGGAGUAAAGUUGACGAUGAGGGAAGGGGGGAAGAAAAAUCUAUUGUUGUUGGAGUCCAAAUUGAUGGUGAUGGGAGAGAAUUGCUCGGAUGGGCGAUCACAAAUCUGGCUGAAGAAGGCGAUCGCUUGGUGGCUGUUAAUGUUUGCAGGAAUCAAGAUCUUAGCAGAGCUCCAAAACCUUCUUUAAUUAAGUUCUUGGAUGACUGCUUGACUGAGCAUGAGGAUCUCUGCACAAAGAAGAAGAUCAUUCUUGCAGGCCGGGUUGCCCGGGGAAACUCAAUCAAGAAAGCUUUGGUGAGAGAAGCUGAGAUUUGUUCAGCUAAGGCUGUGGUUGUUGGAGCAAACAAGAACUUCUCUUUAGUAGGGUUUGCUUCUCUAGCCAAGUAUUGUGCCAAGAAACUGCCUUCCACCAUUGCUCUGAUUGCAGUUCACAAAGGGAAAAUAAUCUUCGAAAGGGCGGCGGCCACUAAGCUACUUUUGGGAGGACAGAAAAUACCAAAUCUCCGGAAUUUCUUGCAUCCUAGUGUUGGCAUGGAUACUGAAUUCAUUGCUCCAAUUUCCCAAUCCAAAUCAGGUUUGAAGAACCCAAAAUUACACAACACAAAAUACAGAAUUUUGAAUCAGACCAAGAAUGACUCUAAGGAUCAUUGUCUUCUUGAUCUUGGGACGAUGAGAGAAAGAAAUAAAAGUUCAAUUUCAGCACUGGUUAGAAAGUUGCCAGAACAGAAGCUCGGUUGGCCGCUUCUGCGCAGAUCUGUUGCAGCAAAUAUUGAGGCUUUGAAGGGAGGCGAAGCUCGUAAAAUGUCUGUGAUACAUUGGGUCAUGAAGCUCCCUGAUAGAUCUUUGGCUUCUACUCACUCACAGUUUUAUCUACUUAAGGAGCUGGAGAUAAUUCUGCAAAUUAAUUCUUCCUGCUGCAAAUUUUUUCAGUAUGAGGAGCUGCAGAAUUCCACUAAUUACUUCUCACCAGAAAAUCUGAUUGGUAAAGGAGGAAAUAGUCGAGUAUAUAAGGGUUGCCUUUCUGAUGGUCAGCAAGUGGCUAUAAAAUUAUCAAAAUUAAAUGAAGAAUCAUCAAGAGACUUUCUUCUCGAGGUAGAUAUUGUCACCAGGCUUUGGCAUGAUCGGGUCGUGCCGUUGAUUGGUAUCUGUGUUGAAGAUAACAAUCUUAUCUCAGUAUAUUCUUACUUCUCCAGAGGCAAUCUGGAAGAAAAUCUUCAUGAUAAAAGAGCAAAGGCUGCACUGAACUGGGAUAAGAGGUUUAAGGUGGCAAUAGGUGUUGCCGAAGCGCUGAGCUAUCUACAUGACGGCUGUUUGCGUCCUGUGAUUCAUCGAGAUGUUAAGUCUUCUAACAUUCUCUUAUCCGAUGAAUGGAAGCCACAGUUAUCAGAUUUCGGCUUAGCCAUAUGGGCUCCUACAAAUGCCCCAUACCUAACUCAUAGUGAUGUUGUUGGAACAUUUGGAUAUUUAGCUCCUGAGUACUUUAUGUAUGGAAAAGUCAGCACCAAGAUUGAUGUAUAUGCCUUUGGUGUGGUUUUACUUGAGCUGCUCACAGGAAGAAGACCAAUCAAUGAUGAGAGUCCGAGGGAACAGGAGAGUUUGGUCAUGUGGGCCACACCAAUACUGCAAAGAGGAGAUAUUAAGGAGAUAAUAGAUCCAAAUCUGGAUGGAAAAUAUGAGGAGUCUCAGAUGAAAAGAAUGGCAAUGGCUGCAGCAAUGUGCAUAAGGAGGGCAGCUUGUCGCCGACCUCAUAUGCGUCAGGUUUUUGAACUGCUGCGAGGGGAAGAAGAGAUGAUGAAGCCAUGGAUGAGUUGUGAUGAAGUAAAUAACAACGUGGGGGAGCAAGAUUGGCAAGAAGAAGAGGCAUAUCCAGAUUCAAGCAUUGGGUCGCAUAUAGGGCUUGCGCUGCUUGAUGUGGAUGAUGAUGCUUCGUUAAUGAGCUUUGAGCACAACAUUUACUCGUUGGAUGAAUAUUUUCAGAAUAGAUGGGACUCUCUUCACAAGAUUUGAGCAGCUUCUUUCCCCCCCUUUUUUUUUGGUACAGCAAAUAAUGGGAAAUGAAAGGCUUGUGGCAAUCAUAGUAUAGAUGAGAGCAAUUGAGAGUAAUUUGUAUAUAGAUAAAGAAAAAAGAAAGUCUCCUUUUUCUUUUUUCAUUACCUCUACCACCACUUCUCUUUGCUUAGUACUGUGCACAUUCGCUGUUAAUAGAGGUUGCCUGAAAAAAUGUUUUGUUU